UAUUACGUAUGGCGUCAUCAAGGAAGCUUCAUCUGACGCUAUCCAGUGUUCACAGUCAGAUGCUGCGAUGUGUCUGUUGAAGUGAGAUGUCUGGUCUUUCCUCAGAGAUGGACUCCCAGAAUUUAAACCUGACCUGCGCCAUAUGCUUGGAUCGUUUCAAGAUCCCUGUGACUAUCCCCUGUGGGCACACCUUCUGUCAAAAGUGCAUCACCGCUCACUGGGACACCAAGAGACAGGCUGAUUUUGGACCUCAGUGUCCCAUCUGCAGCGAGAAGUUUGACACCAGGCCCAUCCUCAAGCGUAACGUGUCCCUGUCGGUCCUGACUGAGGCGGCAAACAGCAGCGGCCCCUCCUGUAGAGAGUCGCUCAUGAGGGGAAGCGAAGGGCCGAGAGCCAUGCUGCUGUGUGAGCGCCAUAAAAAGCCUCUGGUUUAUUACUGCAGGCAGGACAAAAUGUCUGUGUGCUGCGAGUGUGGCAUCUCCGAGUGCGCGGCACACGAGAAGGUGUUGUUGGAGGCAGAAAGGGAAAAUCAAGAGCUGCUGCUGGAGAGGAAGAGCAAAGAGGUGGGGAAACUCAUCGAAGAAACGCAGAAAAGUAUAAACGACUUGGCUGAGAAUAUCAAUCAAGCAAAGGUGACUCUUCAGCAGACUUCAGCCUGGGCCAGUGUCAAGUUCUCCACCCUGAUGAAGAUCCUGGCUGAGAAGCAGGAGGCCACGGAGCUGUUCAUCGACGAGCAGAAAGAGGCUGCCAUCGCUGAGGCGGAGGCGCGGCUAGCUGAACUCGAGGAGCACUCCCAGAGACUCCGAGAGAGCCAGGAGCAGAUCGCAGCUCUGCACAACCUCUCUGAUACAGAGCUCAUCAAGGAAUCGAUGCUCAUAGAAGUUCCACGUUUUAAGGAGAUCCCCACAGAUGUAACUCCCAACCUUCAGGACAGACUAAACAGCGUCACAGAUGUUCUGUCCCGGGUCUCCAAGCUGGUGUCUGAGGACCUGGAGAAAGCCGUGAACACGGCUGUGGGUCAGGACAAAGACGGUUCUCCUCAGGAUAAGAGGCCUGUCCUGGCUGUGGUUCCCAGUCCUGCUGCUCCGUGCCACCCCGGUGGGAAGGAGGGCCUCAGCGCUUACCGAUGCUCUCUGACCUUUGACCCACGUACGGCCAACGGGCACCUGUUUCUGUCCCAGGAGAACCGGCGGGCGGAGCACCUGACCUCCGGGCCGCGCCUCGUCCCAGCUCACGAAGCCCGCUUCGAUCACACCUGGCAGGUGCUCUGCUUUCAGGGCUUCACCCACGGACAGCACUACUGGGAGCUGGAGGUGUCCAAGCCCUGGGCCUACCUCGGGGUAACCUACGAGGCCAUCCCCAGGAAGGAGAAGGGGAAGCGGUGCAUGGUGGGUAUGAACGAGCUGUCCUGGAGCCUGCAGCUGGACGAGCACCAGCUCAGCGCCUGGCACAACGGCCGGCGGGAGACCCUGGCCGGCCACUCCCAGCACAGUCGCAUCGGCAUGCUGCUGGACUACGAGGCCGGGACGCUCACCUACUACGGAGACGGGCAGACCAGGCUCCACGCCUUCCACUGUGCCUUCACCCAGGAGCUGUUCCCCGCCUGCUGGAUAGGAGAGGGGGUCAGCAUCACCCUCUGCUCCACAUGAACUGACAUCUGAAGAAGAAGGGAGCUCAGCGAUGAGAAGCACCAUCACGUAACCAUUUAGGAGGUUUUUAAAUGUUUUUUUCUCUUUUUACAAUGACUGCCUUCCUACGUUGUUUUAAGCAGAGCUGACUGUGAUGGACUCUCCCCCUAAAAACCGGCACUUGGCUUUGACUUAUUCACAGCACCUAACAUGACGACGACAUAGCUGAGAAAAUGAUCACAAACUCUAAAGGUUCUAGUUCAAAGACUGCACUACUCCAUUCUGGUUUGUUUCUGAUUUCAUAGUAUAUAUGAACUAAUCUUCAACCUUAGUAUAGAUAGACGUAGAUAGAUGUCUGCCUCCUCAACUCAUUGUGUCAGAUUCUUGUACUUUGACUACACAAAAUUGAACUUCCUUGUUCCACAGUGAGGGAAUGUGGAUUUAUUACAGGUGGUUGGGAACAGAGGCAAACAGCUCAUUCUGAAAUACACAUCAAACUGAAUUCCAUCCACUGUUGGUUCCUCUGACGUGGAGAUGGAGAUCGAUCAAACUUUUCCUGGGACACACAGUAUAUGCACACAUAGAAGAGUCAUAGCAGCAAAAUAACUGAGAGAAGAGCCGUUUGAAUUAAGCAUAAAACGCCCGAGCUGUCUGCAAAUCUGGCACUUCUCUUGGUCAUGCAUAAUUUAGGAGUUUUUAAUCAAGUGCAAGCACAGAAAUUAUGAUCAUGUGCACAAACCUCGCCUGGAUUCUCCUGAUUCAUAAUGUGGUGCGUUCAGGACAAUAAGCCACUGCAGGGUAUAGAGAACAAUCCCUUCUAAUGUACUAUAACUGAUGUAAGUGAAAGCAGAAAGCUGUGGCUUGUACAUUACUACUGAGAAUACAGAACUGAGAAUAGACGGCUGUAUCAUGUUGGGAUCUUAGCAUGAGUGCACAAAGAAAACCGCCCCGCCUGUUCUGUCUCAAACCUGUGACGCUAACAGUGUUGUGAUGGAUUCUGCUGUACUCUACAGACGGUUUUAAUCGGCUUCGGCCUUCAGAUUUUUGUUUGUUUUUUUAAAUCAUGAGCACUUAGAAAGCCUAGCUGUGACUUUUUGAAUCGUUGAGGUACUCCAGGCUCAGGACAUCACGCACCAGUCUUUGGGAAACUGCUGUGGAUUUGCACAGGUUGGACUACUGACUCUGACUGCGAAGGGAAGAAGCACAUCUCCAGGCUGUUUUUGGCCUAACAACAUAAAACAUUACCCCCUCCUGACUCUGGAAUAUGUUGAGUAUGCUAAUGCACUAUACUGUGGAAUACCCAUCAACAUGUGAUACAGCAAUAUCCAGUGUAGAAUUAAAGACAAAGACGGUUCUGUUCCACAUGAAUCAAGAUCAUUUAAUAAAAUCCAAUCCAAUGCAUACAUGCAUUAGUCGA